AUGUUGUCUAACAAAGUGCCACCGUUACCGUUGGAUGAAGAACGUAAGCAGUAUCCAGAAAAAAGGGUAAAUCUUUUAUCAAGAAUAUUUUUUUUGUGGUUGCUUCCCGUGCUAAAUACGGGGUACAAGAGGACGUUGAAGCCAGAAGAUAUGUUCAAACUCACAGAUGAUAUUCGGAUCGAGACGAUGUACGCCAGGUUUUACAAGAUCUUGGAGGCGAGCUUGAAGAAGGCAAAACAGAAACAUAUUGUGCAAAAGUGCAAGGAGAGGGGCGAGACUGUAGAGACCAAUUCUGUGGAUGAAGAGGAUGAUAUGAGCGAUUUCAAGCUUCCUAAGGCCCUUACUGUUAUUGCUGUUUUGAAGACUUUCAAAUGGCAGUACCUUAAGUCAUGUUUUUAUUUGGCAUUGGCAAAUGGUGGGAUGACAGCUAAUCCAUUACAAACAAAGAAAUUGAUUUCCUACGUGGAAAUGAAGUCGCUUGGCUAUGAAACAGGUAUCGGGAAAGGCCUUGGUUAUUCAUUCGGUAGUGCAGGUGUUGUAUUAGUGACUGGUAUUUUGAUUAACCACUUUUUUUACAACUCCAUGUUGACUGGUGCAGAGGCUAAAGCGGUAUUGACGAAGGCAAUUUUAGACAAAUCAUUCCGAACCAAUCCUGAAACGAAACAUAAAUACCCAGCCGGUAAGGUGACAUCAAUGAUGGGAACUGAUUUGGCCAGAAUCGAUUUUGCCAUUGGAUUUCAACCAUUCUUGUUUACCUUUCCAGUACCUAUUGCUGUUGCCAUUGGAAUUUUGAUUUAUAAUGUCGGUGCAACUGCUCUUGUGGGUAUUGGAUUAUUAUUUGUUUUUAUGGCAGCUAUUACCGUAGCUACCAAGAAAUUAUUUGAAUAUAGAUCCAAGGCAAACGCCUACACCGAUUCAAGAGUUGAUUAUAUUAAGGAGGUUUUAAAUAAUUUAAGGAUUAUUAAGUUUUAUUCAUGGGAGCCCCCAUACCACGAGAACAUUUCAAAUAUUAGAAGGGAAGAGAUGAAAAUCAUUUACAGAAUGCAAGUCCUCAGAAACAUUAUUGUAUCUUUCGCUAUGUCGAUGAAUCUUUUUUCAUCUUUGGUAACCUUCCUAGUUUUGUAUGCUAUUAAUUCGAACGACAGAGACCCAGCAUCUAUUUUCUCGUCCAUUUCGCUUUUCGCCAUUUUAUCUCAACAAGUUAUCAUGUUGCCUAUGGCGUUGGCAACAGGUGUGGAUGCUUUCAUCGGUUUACAAAGAGUGGGUGCAUACUUGGCAUCGGGAGAGGUUGAUAUGGAAGCAAAUAAAAUUGAAGCGACAGGGGAGGCUUUAGCCUUAAUGGAAAAGUCCAACACUUCUAUUGAAAUUAGAAAUGCUUCUUUUGAGUGGGACACCUUCGAAGAUGAGGAAAAUUCAGCUGAAAGUGAGCAUAAAGAGAUCACUUCUCAUUCUAGUGACUCAGACAGUUCCAAGGAACUUACUAAGAGUCUUUCGGGCUCUAACUCGGAAGAGAUAACGUUUCCGGGAUUAAGGGAGAUUAAUUUAUCUAUUAGAAAGAAUGAAUUCGUUGUUAUCACUGGUUUGAUAGGGUCAGGAAAAUCAUCUUUGUUAAGUGCUAUGUCUGGAUUCAUGAGAAGAUCGUCGGGUGAAAUUAAUGUCAACGGUUCAUUGUUAUUAUGUGGGUACCCUUGGGUUCAAAAUGAAACCGUUAGGGAGAAUAUUUUAUUUGGAUGCGAAUAUGACGAAGAAAAAUAUAAAAAUGUUAUUUAUGCCUGUUCAUUGGAAAGUGAUUUAGAAAUUUUGCCUGCUGGUGAUAAUACAGAAAUCGGUGAGAGAGGAAUUACAUUAUCUGGUGGCCAAAAGGCAAGAAUUAAUUUGGCAAGAGCUGUUUACGCUGACAAGGAUAUUGUUUUAUUAGAUGAUGUUUUAUCUGCAGUUGAUGCCAGGGUCGGUAAGCAUAUUAUGAACAAUUGUAUGCUAGGGUUGCUCAAAGAUAAAACCAGAGUUUUGGCAACGCAUCAGUUAUCAUUGAUUGGUACUGCUGAUAGAAUUAUUUUUUUGAAUGGUGAUGGUACCAUCGAAGUCGGCACACUCGAGGAAUUGAAUGCAAAUAACCCUGACUUCAAUAAGUUGAUGGCAUUUAAUGGUCAGACAAAUGAUAGCGAUGACGAAGAGGAGGAAGAGAAUGAAGUAAUUGAUGAUGAUGAAAUCGUAGAAAAUGAGAAGGAGUUAAUUCAAAGACAAUUAUCUAAGACGCAAACACAUAAAUCGGCUAUUCAAGAUGAUGAAUCUACUAAACGUGAUUAUAAUAAGAACAAUACGAACGAUGGUAAAUUAUUUGAAGAAGAAGAAAAGGCCGUGAAUGGUAUAAGUUUUGAUGUCUAUAAGAAUUACGUAAAGCAUGGUUCAGGAAUCUUUAAACAUUUCGGUAUCGUUCCACUUUUGAUAUCAUCAAUCAUACUUGCUACAUUCUGUCAAUUAUUUACUAAUACUUGGCUUUCUUUCUGGACCGAGUAUAGGUUCUCCAGCAAGCCUGACAGGUUUUAUAUUGGGUUUUAUGUUAUGUUCACUAUUUUAGCCUUUUUGUUUUUAACACUUGAGUUUGUUCUUUUGGCGUAUUUAACAAAUAGAGCUUCAAGAUCGUUGAAUGUCAUUGCUGUCGACAAAGUAUUACACGCACCUAUGUCUUUCAUGGACACUACCCCUAUGGGAAGAAUCUUGAAUAGAUUUACGAAAGAUACUGAUGUUUUAGAUAAUGAAAUUGGGGAUCAAUUGAGAUUGUUAUUUUUUAUGUUCUCAAACAUUGUUGGUGUGUUUAUAUUAUGUAUCUGUUAUUUACCAUGGUUUGCAAUUGCCGUUCCAUUUUUGGUAUUCAUCUUCGUUGCAGUGGCGAAUUAUUAUCAAUCAUCAGCUAGGGAAAUUAAAAGGUUGGAAGCAGUUCAGAGAUCUCAUGUAUACAACAAUUUCAAUGAAACGUUAAACGGUAUGAAUACUAUUAAAGCAUAUAAAGCAGAUAAUAGGUUCUUGGAUAAGAAUGAUCGUUUAAUCAACAAAAUGAAUGAAGCAUAUUACAUCACUAUAGCAAACCAACGUUGGCUAGCCAUUCAUUUGGACAUUAUUGCAUCGUUAAUGGCAUUGCUUGUUGCAUUGUUGUGUGUGAACAGAGUUUUUAACAUUAGUGCAUCGUCUGUCGGGUUAUUAUUAUCGUAUGUUUUGCAGAUAGCGGGACAAUUAUCGAUGCUUAUAAGAACUUUUACCCAGGUUGAGAACGAAAUGAAUUCUGUUGAAAGAAUUUGCAAUUAUGCAUAUAACUUACCAGAAGAAGCUCCGUAUUUUAUAACUGAAAACACUCCACACCCAGAAUGGCCACGAAACGGUGGUAUUAAGUUUGAAAAUGCUUCUAUGGCUUACAGGCCCGGAUUACCACUCGUAUUGAAAGAUUUAAAUUUAGAUAUUAAGCCAACUGAAAAGAUUGGUAUCUGUGGUAGGACCGGUGCUGGAAAAUCAUCUAUAAUGACUGCUUUAUAUAGAUUAUCAGAAUUGGAAUCAGGAAAAAUCAUGAUCGAUGAUGUUGAUAUUUCGCACCUUGGUUUAAAAGACUUAAGAUCUUGUUUGUCUAUUAUUCCUCAAGAUCCAAUAUUAUUUCGUGGUACGAUUCGUACUAACUUAGAUCCGUUUAAGGAACAUUCAGACGAGACAUUAUGGGAUGCUUUAAGAAGAUCUGGCUUAAUUGAUGAUUCACGAAUGAAGAAUAUUCAAAAGCAAGAAAAAGAAAACGAUGUUUUGCACAAAUUCCAUUUAGAUCAAGGUGUUGAGGAUGAAGGUUCUAAUUUUUCGCUUGGUGAAAGACAGUUGAUUGCCUUUGCUAGAGCAUUAGUUAGAGAUUCUAAAAUCUUAAUUUUAGAUGAGGCCACUUCAUCUGUCGAUUACGGGACAGACAGUAAAGUUCAAACUACCAUUGCUAGAGAAUUUUCUAAUUGUACAAUAUUAUGUAUUGCUCAUAGAUUGAAAACAAUUCUUCAUUAUGACAGAAUUUUAGUUUUAGACAGGGGUGAAGUACAAGAAUUCGAUACUCCAUUGAAUUUAUUCAAUAUGGAUAAUAGUAUUUUCCAACAAAUGUGUCAAAGGUCGAAUAUUGUCCUUGAUGAUUUUCAAAAAUGA